GCAACGGGAGCCAGCAGCCCCCUCCAGCAGGGGGGAGAUUACACCGGACUCAGGCCCCGCAGGGCAGAUGAAAGUCCGGCCGCAGCCGAGGGCAGGACUCCCGCUCCCCGCACAGGAAAGAGGCGGGGCGCCGGCCGGGAAGCCCCCCAUGAGGGGGGUAAAUGUCCCUGCACAGCGGAGAGCUCCUCAGAGAGGGGUUCAGCCCGCCCGGGGCGCGAGGGCGCCACACGCAGGGGGAUGAAUUCCCGCCCCAGGGCGGCCUUUGCCUGCCGGGAGCGGGCAGGCGCUGCGGCCCGGAAGGCGGCUGCUGAGCACCGGGGAAGAGGGAGGGAGCGGGCAGGCGCUGCGGCCCGGAAGGCGGCUGCUGAGCACCGGGGAAGAGGGAGGGAGGGAGCGGGCGGAGUCGCAGUGACAGGCUCGGCUGGGACAUCAUGGCGACCCGGCGGCUGCUGCUCUCCCCUGUCUCCUGCCUGAGGCGGACUCAGGCCCUGGGCGCUCCGGCGGCCCCCGGGCUGCGGAGGGGCUACAGCAGCGACGACUCCUUCCAGUACCUGCACCGCAGCCUCGUACCCACCAUGCACUUUCAGAAAAGCCUGCCCAGGUUGCCAAUUCCCAGACUAGAAGAUACUGUUAGGAGGUAUCUGAAUGCCCAAAAGCCUCUCUUAGAUGAUGAUCAAUUCAGGAAAACUGAAGAACUUGGUCGCAGCUUUGAGCAUGGAAUUGGAAGAGAAUUGCAUGAGCAGCUGGUUGCUCAAGACAAGCAGAACAAACAUACUAGUUACAUCUCAGGUCCCUGGUUUGAUAUGUAUCUAAGUUCACGUAAAUCUGUUGUUUUGAAUUUUAACCCAUUUAUGUCUUUCAACCCUGACCCAAAAGCUGAAUAUAAUGAUCAGCUCACACGAGCAACUAACAUGACUGUUUCUGCUAUACGUUUUUUGAAGACCUUCAGGGCUGGCUGUCUAGAGCCAGAGGUUUUUCAUCUCAAUCCAGACAAAAGUGACACUCAAACCUUUAGGAGACUCAUUCGAUUUGUGCCUUCAUCUGUAUCAUGGUUUGGUGCCUACAUGGUCAAUGCAUACCCCUUAGAUAUGUCUCAGUACUUCCGGCUUUUCAAUUCCACACGAUUGCCUAAACUGAGUCGAGAUGAGCUUUUUACAGAUGAAAAAGCAAAGCACUUGCUGGUGCUCAGAAAUGGGAAUUUUUAUGUAUUUGAUGUCAUUGAUAGAGAUGGGAAUAUAGUGAAGCCUUCUGAAAUACAAGCACACCUGAAAUACAUACUUAGUGACAACAGUCCAGCCCCAGCCUUCCCUCUUGCAUAUUUGCCCAGUGAAAACCGAGAUUCAUGGGCACUACUGAGACAGAAGCUACUCGAGAAUGGCAAUGAGGAAGUCCUCCAAAAAGUGGAUUCUGCUAUCUUCUGUCUAUGUUUAGAUGACUUCCCCAUUAAAGACCUUGUGCACUUGUCUCACACCAUGUUGCAUGGAGAUGGUAUUAACCGCUGGUAUGAUAAAUCCUUUAACCUUAUCCUAACCAAAGAUGGCAAUGCAGCCAUUCAUUUUGAACAUUCCUGGGGAGAUGGUGUGGCUGUAUUAAGAUUUCAGAAUGAAGUGUUUAAAGACAGCACCCAGAGGCCAGCUGUCACCCCACAAUCUCAACCUGCUGCAGUUGACUCUUCCAGCGCUGUGCAAAAACUCAGCUUUAAGUUGAAUGAUGCCUUAAAAGCAGGAAUUACCAAAGCCAAGCAGAAAUUUGAUGCCACUAUGGAAACCUUGACUCUUGACUGUAUUCAGUUUAAGAAAGGAGGCAAGGAGUUUUUAAAGCAGAAGAAGAUAAGUCCUGAUGCUGUGACUCAGCUUUCUUUCCAGAUGGCUUUCCUUCGGCAGUAUGGCCAGACUGUUGCCACAUAUGAGUCUUGCAGUACUGCAGCUUUCAAACACGGUCGCACAGAGACCAUCCGUCCUGUCUCCAUCUAUACAAAGAAGUGCACGGAAGCUUUUGUCAGGCAACCUUCCAAACACAGCACAGAGGAGCUUCAGCAGAUGAUUGCUGAGUGCUCUAAGUACCACGGCCAGUUGACAAAAGAAGCUGCUAUGGGUCAAGGAUUUGACCGGCAUUUGUUCAGUUUGCGUUAUUUGGCAGCAUCAAAAGGUAUCUCGUUACCUGACAUCUACCAGGACCAAGCCUAUGCUCAGCUGAAUCACAACAUUCUGUCCACAAGCACGUUGAACAGCCCAGCUGUGAAUAUGGGAGGAUUUGCUCCAGUGGUGCCGGAUGGCUUUGGUGUAGGCUAUGGAGUGCAUGAUGAUUGGAUUGGCUGCAGUGCCUCCUCUUACCCAGCCAGGAAUGUACAUGAAUUCCUCCAGUGUGUGCAUAAGUCACUGGAAGAUAUUUUUCGUGUUUUAGAAGAACUCUCCAGACUUCUUGCAUGGCACCAUGAGUAUCUGUUGGAACCUUUCAGCCUAUUUGCCAAGGCAGGUGGCAGGGAUGUCUUAGUAUUUGCAGAUUUAAGAUGUCUCUGAAAUAAAGGUAUUGGGUUUGAGGUGGGAAAGGUUCAAGGAGCUUUCCAAUGGGGACAGUAGAAUUUCCUGCAGGGCAGCAGCAGCAGCAUCUGCUAGAUUUAUUCAAGAUCUUGUAACUCUAGAGUCACAUUAAUUUGAUGCGACACCCAAUGCAGCAGAAUUCAUACAAAAGACAUAAGAACCUUUGCUCACCAGGAGUGCCCCCUCCCUUCAACUGCUGAGACUUUCACUGGUCCUUGCUUUGGGGCUCUAUCUUUUGCAUUAGCUUCAGCAUCUCUAUUAAAAACACACUCAACCCCUCCAAAAAAAAAAAUAAAUUUUUUUUGGCUGCUCUGAGAGGGAGAGUAUCUCUAUGCCUCAACUCUAUCCCCUGUCUAUUUUGAAAGCGCAAAAGAUAGUUCUCUUCCCUGUUGAAUAGCAGUGGUUCUUUUCUCUGCUGCCAGCUUUUCAAAAUAGCACUAAGUGUCCAUUUUACAGCUGUGUGAACAGUACCGAAACAUAACAUGGUGGCAGACAGUAUAUUCUAAGUGGAUGGUGCUAGGAUGUCACUGAUGAGAUUCAUAAGACCAGAAGUUUAGUUGCCUUCAGUUUUUCUUUGUGUAAUAUAGAUUCCCUCAGUUCUUUGCUUUAUCAAAAAGUGAUACAGCAUGAGUGCAACUAGUGAACACAAGAUACCAUAUCUUAUAUAUAAAAUGAAUCACAGUUACCAGGGUGAAGCAACCCUAAAACACAGGCCUCUCCAGAUUCCUAUCCAUCAAUAUGUAGCAGGGCUUUUUAUCCCUCUACAGGCUGCUGCUAGAAGGUAGGAUACUACAUCAUGUGCUGCACUUACUUUGCUGUUGAGACUUUGGUGAAUGAUGAUUUCCUGGUGCUGAAGAGUACAUUUGGGUUUGGGGAAAAAAUCUUACAGAACAGACAGGGAAAGACUAGGGGCUUUUAGGGGUGGGGGAAGGUAUUAAAUUCAAAACCUUUGGCAUACUUGGCUGUUUCCUUUUGAGCUGACAUCUUCAUUUAUUCAAGAAGGAAAAUAUUUGCUUACUGAGUGGGGUAAAAAAAAUGGAUUGCGUAACGAUCAUUUGGUUUUCAGAAGACAGUUAAUGUUUUUAGCUUAAAGUUUGUAUUUGUUUACAUUUAUGUAUAACUAAGUUAUCACUUAAAAUUUGAAAUACAAGUCAGUUAGCAGGUAAUGGUAACAGCAGGUUUACUUGAACUAGCAGGAAACGAUUACAAAGAUAUACUUCUGGUUUCAAACCCUAACACCUGCAAUUACCUAAUGUGCCAAUGAUGAUGAUCAAGACUGAAAGUUAUUUAUAUAAUAGGGUAUUUUGCCAAUGAUAAAUCCUUCCAUGUUGUCUUUAACCCUGAGGGCAAUGACUAUUUAGUAUAUGUUGUUAAAUCUGUCUCUAAAGGGCCAAUUAGGUUUGGCUGUACUAAGUUUCAUCUGAGUGAACUACUUGAACACAACCAGUCAGACUGGUGGAAAAGUACUUGCUGUCCCAAGACUGACUAAUAAA